AUGUCGCUGUGGUACCAAAGUUUUAUACGGGAUCGGACCAUCGCCUUCUUCGAUGAAGAUUUUCUUUCACUCGGACAGGAGGAAAAGCCGCGAAGUCCAUUAAGCGAACUCCGAACUCAGAACUAUCAUCGACGGGGGCCCUUUGCUUCUCUUGUCGGGUUUUGGGAAGAUACCGUCAUGGACCACAUCGACUAUGAAUAUGAACAGCUUGUAGAACAUUUUCACAACUGUACGAGGAAAGCGAAGAGUUUCAAAACCACCAAGAGACGCUUGUUUCCGAAAACACUAGAGCUGAUACGUCAGCGUGGAGUUGCACGAGCUGCACGAAACCAAGAACUCACGUCCGAGCUCGCAGGGCUUUGCAGAGAGGCGAUAAAGGAACACCUCAGAAAGAGAGAGAAGCAGAAUUGUUGGCUGACUCUGCAGAGGCGGGAUAGAACAUUCACUACUCCCGUCGGAACUUUGCCAAUCACAACAAUGACUGCUCUCCGAACCUUAGAUGGAACGCCUACAGCAUUGAGAAGGGGGAUAGAAAAGGUAAUUCAUGACUUCUACUCAGAUCUCUUCGACAGCCACGUCCACUUGCCUCCUCGCCAUCUGAUGGAAGAUGGACAUGUCAUUCCAAAGGUUCUCCCUUUCGAAGUCCGACAUGCCAUCAUGUCGGUGUCCGAGAAUCGUACUUCACCCGCUCUCGACAGAAUCAAGCCUGAACAUCUAAAGUACCUAACAUACUGGCGAAGGUCUUCACUCGUUAUUUGUUGGAAUGCAAGGUACCUAAGCAAUGGAAAACCAGCAAGACCGUGCUGUUGUAAAAGAAGGGAGACCCACAAGACAUCGGCAGCUAUCGUCCAAUCUGCUUACUGUCCGUCAUCUACAAGCUCUUUACAAGAGUAG